UCAGUUUUCUUUCGCGUCGGUGAUCUCAUGGUAAUCUUAAAAUCCUUAAAACUUUGCUAUUUUUUUUUUUAAAUCUCACAUAUUCAUGUGCAAUCUCAAGUCGAUUAUAAACAAGUUCGAGAGACGGAAAGAUAACGGAAUUACUUCACAUGACAAGAUUAUCUAUCGUGACAUUUAAAAAGUGAUUCAAGUGCAUCGAGUGACAGCUAAGUGGAGUACAGUAAUACACUGGAAGUCGCGAUCGGAAUUGAAAAUCAAUCGGCGAUCUUCGACAAGUAAUUCGCGACUGGAAAUUGUUCUCUUUCCUCGUGUCAUCAGAAAUCGACACUGUAAGGUCGACAAACUCGCAGAGAGAGUUAUCUGUUCGUCGUGAGGUGGAACUUCGAACGGGAUUAACUUUUCGGCAUCUUUCAUUUUACCAUGUUUAGCGUUGAUUAUACGAAUAAAUUUAUAAAAUAAAUUUACGUCUCAAUUCACUCGUGAUUAACAUCAUCUAAGUGCCUGCUGCAAACCAGCAAAUGACCAAGUUAUUGUUAUCAGUGACAGUGAUCUAUUCUUCUUUUUCUUUAAAAAAACGCCAUUUUUCCCUCUUUAAAGCUUAACAGUAAUUGAUGUGAAACGUGGUCGCUCUCUUUUACGACCUUAACCAAUUCCGUCUUCAUUUUUCUAUUUUCACAACGAUUCUCCGAAAAGGCCUCAAUAAGUCAUCUACUACCAUCAACUUGAAAAGACAAAAAUGACCGUGGUUAUGGAAAAAACGAAUACUAUUAUUACGUGGCCAUCGCGACUGAAGAUCGGAGCAAAAUCGAAGAAAGAUCCGCAUAUAAAAGUCGCGGGACGACUAGAUGACGUACGAGCAGCGAAGGAGAGAAUAAUGGAACUUUUAGACACACGGCAAAGUAACAGAGUGACCAUGAAACUGGACGUUAGUUACACCGACCAUUCGCACAUCAUUGGCAAGGGUGGUCUGACGAUUAAACGAGUGAUGGAGGAAACUGGCUGUCACAUCCAUUUCCCAGACAGUAACCGCAGCAAUCACCAAGACAAGAGCAAUCAAGUCUCUAUCGCUGGUGAGAUGGAGAGCGUCGAACGCGCCCGCGCACGUGUUAGGAAUCUGACACCUCUGAUCUUUUCAUUCGAAUUGCCUAUAAUGGGCUCAUCGCAAAGUAUGCCAGACUGCACUUCACCCUACGUCGUAAAGAUACAGGAAAAGUACAAUGUACAAGUGAUGUUUCGUACGAGACCGAAGCUACAUGCCACCCUAGUGGUCGUCAAGGGAUGCGAAUGGGAGGUUUCUCAAGUCAAGGAGGCAACGAAUCUGCUAAUCCGUUAUAUGUGCAAAAAUUUGGCUAGUCAAAUUCAAGUACAAAUGUCGAUGGAGAUCUCACCCCAACAUCAUAGCAUCGUGCUAGGGAAACAGAGCAGCAAUCUGAAAAUAAUAAUGCAGCGUACCGCCACACAAAUUAUGUUUCCCGAUGCCGGCGAUCCGAAUAUACCCAGUCUUAAGAAAAGCAAUGUCACGAUCACUGGCGCUAUACAUAAUGUUUAUUCCGCUCGACAACAGUUAGUGGGAUCGUUACCGUUAGUUCUCAUGUUCGAUCUGCCGGAGGAUUCUAUAUCCGCUACCGUGGACACUGAAAAGAUCUCCCAACUCAUGCAAUCCUUGGAUGUGUUUAUUAACGUUCGGCAUAAACCGAAACAAAGCACACUUUCCGUGAUUAUCAAGGGAAUCGAGAGAAACGCCGGUAAUAUUUAUGAAGCGCGAAGGCAAUUGUUAGGAUUGGACGAGCCCAAAGUUCUUGCCGAGAUACCAGCUACGUAUCACGUUCCGAAUACUGGCAAUAUUUUCCAAAACAAUAAUAAUAACGACAUUGGUGUCAACAACCUGAUGAGUGGUGCAACAGAUAGCUUUUCCAGUAUGUUGAAUAUAAACACGCAGAAUCCAUCGUAUUGUAUGUCGCCAAUGUCGCACUCGCCGAAUUCCAUAGGACUCUCGUCGCACUGGAAUCUUACACAUCCUACACAUUAUAUUCCACCCAUAUGUGCGUAUUCCUAUCCUCAUUUAAACCUUCUGUCGACGCAACACAUGUUGCAUAACAACAUAAUGGGAACUUCCCAUACCCACCAUGGAUUAUCGAAUCAUAUGAUAUCUUCUGGUAUCGGAACUUAUCACUCUAACGGUAUAUCGAAUAACUUUCCUAAUAUUCAUGGUUUCAACGCUAAUUUAAUGGAUAGCAAGGAAGGUAGCAGUGCUUACUCUUCGCUAAGCAGCGUCUCUAGCUCUCUAUCUAGUCCUGCUAUCAGUCCUCGUAACGUUUCACCAGUCAAUCCUACGGACACUAGUCCUAACUUAUCGGAUUUAUCCAGCAUGUUAUCAGAAUUACCGGUUACUGAUCGACGUGCACCUGGUUGCGAGAAAAAAUCACUCGAGAUAGUGCAGCAACAUCUCACGCCUUUCGAUUAUGAACAGAAGAAACUAUUAGCUACGAAGGCAGUGCAAAACAAGUCAGGUAACAACGAUUUCCGCGUGCCGACGUCCGCGUGGUCUGGUUAUGGCCUCAGCCAGAGUAUUCCGCCCUUAACUACGAGUGACUUAAGCAAGGAGCUGACGUCACAUCCUUCAGAUUUGUGGAAAGAACCGACCACACCGGUGUUCAAUACCGAAAUGGAUUUCGGUAAUAUUAUCUCGAGCAAAGAUCGCGUUGGACAGAUAGGAAUGGCAUCAAAUUAUAUAGAUCACACACCGACCUCCCAUUUGAACAAAAUUACGUCGUCGCAUCGUUUUAGUGAUUUGGCUAGUAUGCUAACCAGCAUCGGCUUAGAGAAGUAUAUACGCCUAUUCACAUCUCACGAAGUGGACAUGUCUACUUUUCAUUCUUUGACAGAGAAGGAUCUUUGCGAAAUCGGGAUUACUGCUUGGGGUGCGAGGCGUAAAAUAUUGCUAUUAAUAUCUGAUAUGAACAAACGAACGAGUCCGUUCUCUGGAAGCGCCGCGCCCGGCGCAGAACGGAAAGCGUCCACGUUGUCGGCACCGACAGACAAAUGCAAUCUGGACACUAAAUGGUAAAAGAAUACUGAUCGCUAUUCGUUCCAAACGUGACGGCGUAUCAACCGUUCCCGAAGCCGCGCAAAAUUAUGCAAAAUAAUAAGUACUUAAUUAUUCUAAUCGUACGCGUAAUUGCGAGUACCAUUACGCCGUUAUAUCGAGUGUUCGGGCGGAACGAAUACGAAUUCAAGAGAUUCACCAAGAGAAACCAAAAGGACUAUUCGGUUAUCUGUACCGCAGGAAUAGACAGACGCGAAAUGGAUAGCCGAACGGUUUGCAUGUUGAUUAAUUUGAAAUUACUUAAGUAUCGGUAAAAAAAUUAAAAAGAAGAAAGUUAUUUUUGUGGCCGGGAACUGGCUGUAGUCUUUUUUUUCUUCAUUUUUUUUUCGCUGUUCUCGGCGCGCACUCAAAAGGUGCCUUAGGAUCUAGAAUAGUCGUUAAUAUUUUCACUGUCUCCGUUUAUUACACAUCUGUCCAGCCACGAUGGACGCGUCGUUAUUGUUUCAUGUUGCUUGUAAUGUUCAUGUAAAUCAAAAUAUUUCAAAUAUUUCUUGAAUCUUAUCGAUUCCCCAAUUCAAUUAACGUUUUCAGAUGAGCAUGCCAAUUGCUGGCGAAAAGGCAUUAAAUAAAUUACGCUUAUAUUAUAACAUUCAUGAAACGAAGCGCGCGCCCUACUCGUUAUAUCGUGUGAUGGUUUACAUGAUGAACGGAUGAUCGGUAAAUAUGAAUGAAUGCAUGUAUACGAGUAUGUGAAAUGUGAAAUGGGUAUAAAUGUUUCUAUAAUGAAAUUUAAAAAAAUUAGAAAAGAUUAUCAGAGUUAUCAGGAAUGAAACGCGAUGGGCGAGGGAUGUCCCGCGUGUGUUCAGCGAAUUUUCGUCCUAGAAAAAAUUCACAUUAUCUUUAAUUCAGACUAAGCUCGAAUGUGCGACCGUAAGUUGGCCAAAAUGUUUAAUCUACAUGUCAAAAUUAGUUAAAUAACCGAUAAAUAUUAAUCAACGAUUCGAUUAUUGCAGUAAUUAAUUGCGAUUUAUAAUACACAUUCCGCACGCGGUUGCGCGAUUUCGAGUUUUAUACAAAGCAAGUAUAUAUAUAUAAGUUACAAAAUAUUUAUUAAUUAUUUCGCGAAAGACGCUGGACGCAUGUUAAACAAUAGACCGCAAGAACUUUUCGUGUAACGCGUGUAUUCAAAAUAGAAUAGUAUAAAAUAAAUUCUAUAUAGCGAAAAAUAUUCCGUGAGUUAUUCUCCGCGUAUUACAAACGAUACUUUUCGAGGAACUAAUUGAAAAAAAAUGUCGAUAGCUCAAUAUUCAAUUCGCGACGAUAAUCGUUGUGUUCAUUAAAAAAACUUGUGUUGUUAAACUAGCUCUAAACUUGGCAGAAUCAAGAGAACGAUACCGAAAUUAUAGUGAAAAAUAGAAAAAUUAUACAUAUAUAAUAAAAACUAUAUAUAAUAUAUAAAAAUAUAUAUAAAAUAUAUAAAAUUUACAAAUUUAUAUAAUAAUUUAAUUGUAUUAAGAAUUGCAAAACACUCUAGUAAUUUUUCUAUAAUAUCUGUGACAUAAAAUGUAGUAACAAUAAUAAUUUAGACAAGUAUAUGUGCGUAUUACGGUUUAUAUAAAAUUUAUUAAAAUUUAUUAAAAAACGAAUAGAAGUUAAAAACGAUUGCCAAGUUUAGAUUCUUUUCCGAUUAUCCUCGCACGCAGAAAGCUCUGUCAAUUGCAGUCGAUUUCGCAAAAUGAUCGUUUUAUAGACAUAAGAUAUAUCUUGUUUUCGGUAUAAUUUAUUCAAAUUUUUAAGCGUCAUUUUUGUUAAUUUUUUUUUUUUUUGAACAAAGGAAUGAAAGCGUUAGGUAAAUAAGUUCUUAAAUGUCAUGCGCAUUUUUUAACAUAACGCGCAUUAUCCGAGCUGAUACUCUAAAUCGGACAAAAAAAGUAUGAUUUUUAUUACUUGUUUUGCAGAGGAGGAGAAAGUCCGGUUAUCUCAUGAAAUCUUUGAGCCGAAAAGUCGGAAUAGAGAAGGCAGAAUCGCACGAUCGAUCUAAUUGAACAUGCCUAACGAACGAUUUUACUGCGAAGAGUUCUUGACUAAGUCUUUUGCGAAAUCUUUUUAAGCGUAAAUUAUUUAUGCGCUUGCGAGUUAGAUCGGAAUAUUAAAAAGUAUAAGUUAAUAGGAAUUAUUCGCGCAAUUCGUGUGAUAUAAUAUUAGACUGUCCGAUUCUAUGUCUUUUUCACGUUUACUUUUUUUUGUUUAAUGGCAACGAUGAUAACAAUGAUGAUAUAAGAUAGAAAGUUUUUCCUCCGGUACGAUCGUACAAUCCGAUCGUUACGAGGACCGUACAAUAACAAUUGCAAGAUGAUGAAGGUGAUAUAUUACAUUUCAAUAUAAACAGCGCACAAAUAUAAUAAUAAUGAUACAUAGAUAAAAUAAUAUAUAAAAUAAUAGGGAUGAUUUUGACAAGUAUACUGUGCCUAAGAAAAUAACUUACAAAUUUUAUCUUUAAAGCCUCGUAUUAAUAGGAAAAGAUUGUUUCUUUACAAAUUAAAUUCUGUUUUGCUACAAAUUUAAAAUCUUUAUUUUAAAUUCUUCUGAUAUGCAAAAUUAUUUUGAUUAUUGAUAUAUCUUCAGGAUACUACAGUUAUUAUAUUAGUGACAGUGCAAUUUUUAAUGGAUUUAUAAUUUGUGUUAGAUAUUUCAUCACUAACGACCAUUAAUUCAAUCUUAAUUAAAAAUAUAAAAUAUGUUUAAUAGACCUCUAAAGAGCAUUCGAAAAAUUUGGAAUGUUUUUGAAUUAUCUCUUUGAGAGAUGAUUCAUUGAAUUUUUAUUAUUAGUUGUUUAAGUGUUACAUAUAUAUAUAUAUCACCUUCAUCCAAUUGCAUUUGUAAUUAUGCUGCUCCAUGUUCCAAUGUAUAGUUUUCGUCUUUGCAGAAGACAAGACAUAAUAUUUUUGCGGCAGCAACAAGUUGCGAUACUAAUCGUUGUUCUGUGUCGGUAAAGGGUAUCUCGACAAAAUGAUAACAUGAGAAAGUUACUGACAUCUUGUAAGCAUAAAGUGCACAAUCAAACGAGAAUCAUGUGAUAUAUUUACUGUCGUUGCGGAUAAAAUGUACGCGUAUGCAUCAAUAAUGAAUCAACGAAGCAGCGCAAGCGCGAGCUUAAAAAGUUCUCGUUCAAAAAUCGCCUGCAUACCGCCAGUUACGCAGAUGUUUCGAGUUCCAAAAAUUUGAAAGAAAAACAAUCUACCCCAGGUUGUGAUAAGACGUAAUUAAAAUUAAAUCAGUUUAUUUUUUUGAAUAUAUCGCAGAGACAGAAAUUUCAGAGCAAAAGAAGAAUAUCGUGAAAAUCAUAUUUUUCUAAAUUCUAGACUCUUUUCCCAACACUUGUAAGAAAGUACAUGUUACUGUCCUCGCGAAAAUAUAAAACUCGUGAUAAAUCUGUAUAUAACAUAUAACGUAUCUGUAUAUAACGAGAUAGUCCCUUUGCCGGCCAGCAAUCGGUUUCUUUCCUUAGUCCUGAAAAGAAAGCCGUCAAUGUUCCUAUGUAAAUGUAUACUGAUCAUGUUCUAGAUCUAGCGUAUACGGGUAAUAUAUAUAGAUAUAUAAUCGCGGAAAGUAGCAUUAAAAGAAAAGAAGGGAACGCGCGUGCGAGGAGAAACAAGAAGAGAAAAACGAUUAUAAACAAGCGCUCAAACAUUUCGAUUAAUGAGAAUUAAUUAUGCCGGAAAGAGAGAAGACACACCCGUCUAAACACUUUCAAAGACUGUAUAACCGCAAUUUCUCCACUAUUCCUUAUUCGUCUCUAUUCACCUGACACAUUUUGCAUCCUCAGCAAAUAACAUGACAGACUUUCUCUUUCUCUCUCGAAAACGAGCAAGAUCAAUGCAGAAUAUUAACGCGUAUAAUUAAUUGCGAUCGACCUCGCUCGCGAAAUUAUGUGACUUCAAGUCCGUUGCGUUUAUGAGAAAUGCGCUGUAAAUUUUUCUCAAAUUGUUUAUCUCUCUCUAGUGUGUAGCGUAUAUCGUGAGUAUAUAUAUUUUUUCAUGUUUUUGCGUCGAGAACGGGGUAGAGAAAAUAUUACAAAUUAUUAAUACUGUUUCAUUAUAGCAAAUUGUGGACUCAUUCUUUCCUACCUAACUUAUCGAGAACUUUAUAUACACACAAUUUAAUUGGUUUAUAGAAAUCGUUCAAAGCUAGAAAUGAAUUAAGCUCAUAAUUUGCAAGAUUCAUCUUUUAAAUAUAACUUGGUCAUUGAAGAGAAGCUUAUGAAUUAUAAACGUAGGCAAUUCUAGUUUUCAAUGUCUCCAAUGACUUCCAUUUUCUUGGUUUCUACUUUCAUGAAAAAUGAUAUAAUAUAUAUGGAUAAUAUAUGAAUAAUAUGUAUACGGAUUAAAAAAAAAAAUUAUAGACUUUUUCUGAGAAUUUCGGAAGGAUUUCAAGUCCACAGUCAUAUUAUUGAGCAACAAUUUCUCGGCGAUUGCUCAUAUAAUUCGAAGGCAUUCUUCGAUCAGAAUUUAAUGAUUUGAUCUAAAAAUUCUUUUUAAAAAUUUGUGAAAAUUGAUGUCUCUCAAAAUUGUGAAAAUAAAAUUAAAAUAAAAUCUAAUUGAUUGAUAUUUAUAUUCUAAAUAUCAUGCUGGAAUUAAAUCAAUUAAAUCGAUUUAUUGGAAUUGUAUAUCUAGUUUUGUUCCAAUCAAUUGUAUAAUUUUGAUUGAAUUUUUACAAUUUUAAAAUAAAUUUUUCCAAGUCUUUAAAAAGAUGAUUGAUUGCAUAUAUCUUUAUUUUCACUCAUAAUGUAUCAUAUUAUCUUAUGAAUAUAUCUCAAGGACAAGUUUGGAAAAUUGUGGAACUCACGAGCGCGUUUCGAGAUAUAUAAUAUCACAAACGCCGAUCUCUCUCUUUAGACAUAAUAUUGCCUUAAUUCAACAGCUAUAUGAUAGUGCCUUGCAUUGAUCAUUCUCAUAUAUCGAUAAAAUGAAUGCCUCGCACUAUUACGUUCCCUCUUUCAUACUCCAAACAUCGAAAAUUUUGUUUUUUUGCCUAGCAAGAUCGAAAUCGCACUCUUCGAUUUGCUUAUAUAAAUAAUGCGAAGAUUAAUUAAGGAGUUCGCCCGAAAAAGAGUAUGCAAAAAAAUAAUGGCAAAUCUUUGAAAAAAAUUAAAUUUCUAGUUUGAAAAUUUUUUUAAGGAAAAAGAGAGAGAGAGAGAGAAGGGUAAGGGAAGACAUUAUUAUAAAUUAGAAUAUUAAAAAAAAAGGAAUGCAAUAUAAAAAAAUAAAUAAUGUUAUAUCUUAAUCGUGUCAUAUUUAAGUGUCUAAUUAUUUUUCGGGCAAAUUCCGUCGCAAUGUAAGAUUAGUAUUAGAAUAGACUCGCGCGAAUGGAGACGCGGAUAUUUUCAACAAGCUCAAAUAGAAAUUAAAUAUUGCGGAAAGAUGCGAGAAGAGAUUUCCCGCAAAAGGAAGACAUUAUAUAUACAAUUGUAUUAUAAAUCACACAUUCCAAAAAAAGAUGAUACGAGUUUAAUUCGAGUGAAAUAUAUGUAAUGUCGUGUAGGAGAGGCGAAUGAAGUGUUAAUUUAUGUGUAUGUAUUUCGCGUUUUCCUUUCUCUGUGCUCUAGUGCUUAUAAUAAAUGUCGUUUCUCAUGUAAUAAAUCCGGGGAUGUACCCGCCCAUCGAGCGCAGGUGCAGUAGCUGAAUGUUAAAUUAAUCGAUGAACGUAUCAUUAUCGCAUGUGAAUGAUCGAUCCAUCGACUUGCGCGGAAGAAGCGUUUUGUAAUAUACAACGCAGCAAAAUUUUUAUAUAAUAAUCUAAUAUAAUUUUUGAUAAAAAUCAAGAAUAUAUAUAUAUAUACACUGAUUUCUUAUUAUCAUUUGUUUCGGAAAAAAAGGAGAAAAAUGUCAGAAAAAAUUAGGAUUCGUUGUAUUAAAAUGAAAAAUAAAGAUUUUGUAUAUUGCUAUUUUUAAUAAAAAAAUAUUAAUAUCAUA